UACUUCUGCUACGACAACCCGGCGGCGCUCCAAACCCAGGUUCAACGGGAUAUGAAGGUGAACACGGCUCAGUUCAUGGCGCUCUAUGCCUGGUACUCCUGGCCCAAUGUGGUUCUCUGCUUCUUUGGAGGUUUUCUGAUAGACAGAGUAUUUGGAAUACGGUUGGGCACUAUAAUAUUUAGUGUCUUUGUUUGUGUUGGGCAGGUAAUUUUUGCUUUGGGAGCACUACUUAAUACUUUCUGGCUGAUGGACAUGGGCAGGUUUGUAUUUGGGAUAGGUGGAGAGUCCUUAGCGGUGGCACAAAACACGUAUGCAGUCAGUUGGUUUAAAGGCAAGGAGUUAAACCUUGUGUUUGGACUACAGCUAAGCAUGGCGAGAAUUGGGAGCACAGUGAACAUGAAUAUCAUGGGAUGGAUAUACUCUAGAGUUCGAGAUCUUCUGGGGUAUACUGGUCCCAGUACUCUUGGGUUAACUCUCAUGAUAGGUGGUGUAACGUGUCUCUUUUCACUGACCUGUGCGUUAAUCCUUGCUUAUCUGGACAAGAGGGCGCAGAAGCUCCUUUGUAAAGAGCAAGGGAAAACGGGUGAAGUGAUUAAGCUAACAGAUGUGAAGGACUUCUCUUUGUCCUUGUGGCUUAUAUUUGUAAUCUGUGUCUGUUACUAUGCAGCCGUUUUUCCUUUCAUUGGACUUGGAAAGGUUUUCUUUAUUGAGAAAUUCAGAUUCUCAUCUCAAGAAGCAAGCGCAAUCAACAGUAUUGUGUAUAUCAUAUCGGCACCCAUGUCCCCAGUCUUUGGAUUCCUGGUGGAUAAACUUGGAAAGAAUAUCAUCUGGGUUUUAUGUGCUGUAGUAACUACACUUGCUUCUCACAUCAUGUUGGCUUUUACCUUCUGGAACCCCUGGAUAGCGAUGUGUUUGCUGGGAGUGGCCUACUCGUUGCUUGCCUGUGCCCUGUGGCCCAUGGUGGCCUUUGUUGUUCCAGAACACCAGCUGGGAACUGCUUAUGGCUUCAUGCAGUCUAUCCAGAAUCUCGGUCUGGCAAUUAUCGCGAUAGCAGCUGGGAUGAUUCUGGACACAAGAGGAUACUUGUUUCUUGAAGUCUUCUUCAGUGCUUGUGUUUGCUUGUCACUAAUAGCUGUGGUCAUGCUGUAUUUUGUGAAUCACCUCACAGGUGGUGAUCUCAACUGGUCUGCGAAGAAAAGAGAAAAACUACAAAAAGUAGCUGCAACUGAGUAA